GGCUCCCUGCUCAGCAUUACCAUCCUAAAAGGAUCAGCUGAAAGCCAUCAAUUGGAUCGAACAUCCUAAGAAGAAUCACACCAAGCCAGAAUUAGCAGAAAAAGAUGAAGACUCUGACACUGCUGGCGUGCAUCUGUGCACUGAGUGCUUGCUUCUCACUCAGUGAAGGUCGAAAAAGGCCAUGGAAAACACAGCACAGAAAGAAUUAUGUCCUACAACAUAUAUUAGACCGCCGAUUACCACUGUAUCAAAAAUUUCAACCUAACUGGAAUAUGUUAAUUCAAAAGCAUUUAAUUUUUGGUCCAUACAAAUACCCAAGGCCUUCAUAUCCAAUCAAGAGAAAGCCAAGGCCAAAACAUCGCCAGCCAUCUAGGUGUCCAGUUAAAAAUAACACCGUGGUCAAUAACAACACCUCAGGGGCUACCACUCAAAUCCCAUCUUUGAGUCCCACAUCUACUUCCAACAAAAUUACUGAAUCUCCAGGUGUGACUUCUCUUAUUCAGACUACCACCACCAUAUUUGUAAAAGAAAAUAACACGGGCUCUCCUGCAGUUACCCCAACACCACAACCUUCCCCAGCUUUGCCAGACACCACAGCUGCCCCACUGACAUCUUCCCCACCUCUGCCAGAGCCUACAGCUGCCCCAUCUACAUCUUCCCUAACUACACAAGCACCACAACCUUCCCCAGCUUUGCCGGACACCACAGCUGCCCCACUGACAUCUCCCCCACCUCUGCCAGAGCUUACAGCUGCACCAUCUACAUCUUCCCUAACUACACCAGCACCACAACCUUCCCCAGCUUUGCCGGACACCACAGCUGCCCCAAAUACCACACCUAAUCCUUCCCCAACCACUCCUGCACCUGAAACUUCCCAAACUACAACUGCACCCACACCCCAAACUACCACUCCAGCCACUACUCAAACUACUGUUGAACAAACAACCUCACCUUCCAGCCAAAAUGCAAAUUCUCAAUUCUGGCAAUAUAUUUAUAAUAUAAUAAAAAAAACUGACAAUUUUAUCGCUUUGGGUGAGCAAGGGUUAUUAGCCGACUCUCGGAUCGCGGGCGAACUCUUCAGGAAACCCGCAGCUUCUGACUACGCAGGACGUCACCGGCUGCGCAGGACGCAUAGCAGGCAUGCGCAGAUCGGAUAG